AGAAGGAAAGGACUUGAGUGCUUACUUAUACUCCCGGAAAACAUUUUGAAGACAUUCCAAGUCUGAGGAGACCACCGAAGCUUGUGAUCUCUGCUUCCUUAAAGAGGCAGCCACCUUGAAAGACUGCGUUACACUGUAAAAAUGUUGAGCAAAUCUUACAGCCAAAUAGGGAUUCGAACAUAGACGUGUAGGACAGCCUGUGUUCUCUGUGAAAUUCCAGGUUAACCCAUUCCUUUCCUGAUGUUGUCCUCACAUGUUUGAAAAGUUGAAACUGAAGAUUUUCUAGAUUCUUUCCGAGCAAGUAUAAAGGAAAGCUGUUGUGUUUGAACUCCGGAAUUUAAAAUGGAUAAUAAUCAGCAAGAAGGAGUAAUCCCCUACCCAAGACCCAUGGGGAUGUCUUUCGCCAGGGUACAUGACUACUUUGGGGUGCCUUUCUCCGAGGGUUUGCCAUUGACAUUUCCCGUCGAAGCAGCCUACUUGGACAGUACGUUGCAUGAAGCUUAUGCCAGCAGAAUGUCCUACCUGCCGUUGCACAGUCACCUGGGCGUCUAUGACUAUUCCUUUGAGCCCGCUUUCAUCAGGAAACGCAACGAGAGGGAGAGGCAGAGGGUGCGCUACGUCAACGAGGGCUACGCACGCCUCAGGGAGCACCUGCCCGAGGGUUUUGCGGACAAAAGACUCAGCAAAGUGGAGACCUUGAGGGCGGCGAUCAGCUACAUCAAGCACCUUCAGGAGCUACUGAACCCGUCAAAGGCCAAGGAGAGGGGGCCUUUGGCGUCAAGGGCUGCCGAGUUCCACGAGGUUAUGUGCCCUCCGCCCAGGAGAGGAGGCAGCAGUGACGGAGAGUCCAAAUCUCCUUCACCCUUCAGUGAACUUGGUGAGCUCAGCAACUAAUGUGCGGGCAAGUGGGACCAGCUUCGAUGGGGCAUCAUGGACGAGUUGGGCCGCAGGGCCUGUUUCCGUGCCGUAUCACUGACCGCUCAGUCAAUCCAAAGAUAAUGAUUUGCCUGAACAAAUUCUGCCGGCCAGACUUUUAUUUGGAACUUUCUUU